UAGCCCUCUGUAUGUAGACUGCUGUAUGUAGCCCGCUGUAUGUAGACUGCUGUAUACUUAGAUAAGUGUUUCUGACUUGAGUGAAACAAAGAUCCAUUUAAAGCAACAUCUAUAAUGCAUAUGCAGGGUCAUCAUAUAGCUCUGUUAUAGUGAGAGAGAAGCAGUUAGUCAGGAGACCUUCACUUCUACUAUUAGUGUGACAGACACACCAACUUCCAACUCUUACUACUACUACUGGACUAAACUUCUAAAACUAAUAAUACCCUCUACUAUUAUACUACUGGACUAUACUUCUAAUACUAAUAAUACCCUCUACUAUUAUACUACUGGACUAUACUUCUAAAACUAAUAAUACUCUCCACUAUUAUUACUACUGGACUAUACUUCUAAUACUAAUAAUACUCUCCACUAGUAUUACUACCGGACUAUAAUUCUAUAAAAACAUAAAACAGCCAUAUUUGGUAAAAGACCAGGUCCAUAUUAUGGCAAGAACAGCUCUAAUAAACACAAAGAAACGACGGGUCAUCAUUACAACGGUUCAUUAGAAAAUAGUAAAAAUUAAGAAAAACCCUUGAUGAGUAGCUGUGUCCAAACUUUUGACUGAUACUGUACAUGUAACCACACUCUUAGAAAGAGGUGCUAUCUAGAACCUUAAAGGGUUCUUUGACUGUCCCCAGAGGACAACCCUUUGAAGAACUAUUUUUGGUUCCAGAGGGUUCUACAUGAAACCCAAAAGGGUUCUACCUGGAACAAAAAAGGGUACUCCUAUGAGGACAGCCGAAGAACCCUUUUGGAACUCGUUUUUUCUAAGAGUGUAGGAAUAAGGUGACUAGACAACAGGGUAGAUAAUAAACAGUAGCAGCUGCAUCAGUUGAAAUGUGUAUUGGUUUGUUUACUUUAUUAUGUAGGGGUUUCCCCAUUCUAAGGUGUGCACUCCAAAUGGCACCCUAUUCUCUAUUUAGUACACUGCUUGUCACCAGGGCUCAUAAGGCCAAUUGGGAGGCACUUUGUGAGCCCAGAUCAAUCGCAGUGCAGAUCUCCUUUAGUGUAGUUACUGUAAGUUCAUGGUAUCUGUGACCUCAAAUCCCGUGGGAAGGAGCUUUGGUGUGUGUGUCCAUGCCCAUGUGUGCACGUGUGUGCAUGUGUGUGCACGUGUGUAUAUUAAUGCGUGUCUGUGUUUGCACGUGCAUGUGUGUGCAGUGUGUGCAGUGUGAAUGUUAGGAGUCAUAUUCAGGGAAGAAAAGAUCUCUUAUCUCUAACAACACUAUUGCUUCAGCAGAUUCUCAGAACACUUAUGACACACACAAGCACACAGACGCACGAACACACACACACACACACACACACAGACGCACGCAGACACACACAUACACACGUACACAUACACAUUCACAGACAGGCUUCCUAAUUGAAUUUUAGAAUUUCCCUGCAGUGUCCCUCUCCAUUAGCCUGUGUGCCGGCUGGGAGGAGUGUGUGUGAGAGUGUGUUAGCACCACACACACACACACACGCAGCACACACACACACUCUAACGGCCAUGCCCCAGAGAUACUCCUACCAGAAGAGGAAAGCCAGCACGGCAGCAGCUCGGAGGAUGGAGAGGCGAGGCAGGGACUCUGGGAAGACCAACAACACCAACACUAGCCACAGCCACCGCUCCAAGAAGCUAGCCAUGCUCUCCAGGUCCCUGAUCCUCUGUCACUCCAGAGCCAGUGAUGACUGCACCAGCCCCGAAGAGAGGCCGCCAGGGGAGGCCUGGAAGGGAGACGGGGGCUUGGGGAGAGAUGGGAAGGGGAACAGGGAGGUGGAGAGGUCCCGGAAGAAGAUCCAGGAAGGACCCCAGGAGAGUGGAGGAACUAUGCAGGCAUCUACACAGCCACCCAUAGGGGCCACCAACACACUCAGGGCUACAGGAGAACACAAGAGGAAUAUGAGGAGGUCCUUCAGUAUCAAGGAGAGCAGUAUCUGGAGGAUGUGUGUAACGACGGGGGCGGGUGAGGAGGAUCUGGGCCGACAGACUGGCGAUACCAGCCCCCAGAUGGAGGACAAAGAACACAGUGUGGAGCGAGGGAGGAAGGGAGGAGGGGAUGGACACAGUUACCUUCAGAGUACAGACAAGCUUGCACCUCUGAACGGCCAUGCCAGGACAGAGGGGGAGAGGCAGGCCAAGAACGGCCAUGCUGCAAGGACAGAGGGGGAGGGAGGGAGGCAGGCCGCCUCCAGGAACAGCCACAUAACAGCCUACAGUGAGGAAAGCUCAACAUGUGAGCAGCAGCCCCAGUCCCCUGGAGGUCUAACCCUGGCCCCCCUGCACUCGGCCCCCCUGUGCCUGGCAGACCCCCUGGCAGUGACCAACUACACAGAGACAGAACAAACUGGGAACAACAACCACCUCAAGCUGGCAAUCCCAGAGGUGAAUGAGGACAGAGGUUGGGACACAGAGAGGAGAGGGCUUGGUCUUCAGGGACAGACGGUCUGCAAGAGGACCCGCUCCAACUCUACCAGUGUCCAUCCAUACUGGAUUGGAGACCUGGACACCAUUAUCCUGAAGACACCUGAGCUUUGCGGGAGCAACACCCACGGAACCGUCGGUUUCUUUGGCAGCAGGAAGUCCCAGUCCCAGCAGCUGGAGUUUCCUCACAACCCCAACCAGCCCGUUCCCCGUCCCUCUCGCUCUCUUAGCUCCGCCCAUCUGGUCCACUCCUGCAGUAACGUCCAAGCCUUCAUCAUCUGUAACAUCGUGCUGAUGAAGGGCCAUGGCAAGGGUCUGGGGUUCAGCAUUGUGGGGGGCAGGGACAGCAUGUACGGACCCAUGGGUAUCUACGUCAAGACCAUCUUCGCUGGAGGGGCCGCGGCUGCCGAUGGCAGACUACAGGAGGGGGAUGAGAUCCUGGAGUUGAAUGGAGAGUCUCUACAUGGACUAACUCAUGAGGAUGCACUACAGAGAUUCAAACAGAUAAAGAAGGGUCUGCUGACGCUGGUGGUGAGGACCAGCCUGCGUGUCGGCGCCCUCUGUGGCCAGGCAGCGGUAGCACAGCUGUGUCGGUCUCGCUCUCUCAGCUCCAGUACUGGCAUGUCCAGGGUCAGCACUGAAAUGGGGGACUACAAUUACCUCAGUGGUGUCACCACAGCCAACACACACACCAACACCGUACCUCAGCCACCUUUGGCCAAACCCCGAGAUCGUGUCAUGAUGGAGAUCACCUUGCAUAAAGAGGCUGGUGUGGGGCUGGGCAUUGGGCUGUGUUGCGUGCCGUCUGGAGAUGGUUGCCGUGGCGUCUAUAUCCACACCCUGUCCCCUGGGUCGGUGGCACACAUGGACAGUAGACUCAGAUGUGGAGAUGAGAUUAUGGAGAUCAACAACACAGUGGUAUACAACAUGGUACUGAAUGAUGUGUACACGGUUCUGAGUCAGUGCUCCCCCGGGCCAGUCCAGAUCAUCAUCAGUCGACACCCUGACCCCAAAGUGUCAGAGCAGCAGCUGAACGAUGCCAUAGCCCAGGCUGUAGAGACCAGCCAACUAAAGCAGGACGCCAGUCAGUGGAGUACAGACGUGGUGGUACAUUCCCUGAUGACGAUGGUUCUCGUCAGGAGGUGA